AUGCUCAGGCGUUUCGGAAGAAGCGUGCAAAAAAAAACGGGGGGAAAAACAUGGAAGUGUGAUAAGUGCAAGACUGGUGGCCAGAAAUCUGAGACUGAUGUGGAAGGGGUGUCAACUGAUAGCAUAGUAGCACAGCAACUCCACUCACUUGAACUUAAGAUUGAUGCACUCCUAGCUUUGCCAAGCAAGCUCCAAUCAAUGGAAACAGCUGUGCAGCUUCUGUCGAACAAAUUUGAUGAAUUCAGUGAACGACUGCACGCCCAAGAAACAGCUACGAAAGAUUUGUCGAAGAGAGUCGAUAAGCUAGAGAAAAGCAAGGUAGAUAAAGAUGUGGCUUUGAUGGCACAAGAUUUAGACAAGCUAGAAUAUCGUAGCCGACCCAUGAACCUAGAAAUACAUGGCAUUAGGGAAACUGAGGGUGAGGAUCUUGUGGCAAAAGUGAAUGAAAUUGCGAAACAAAUAUCACUUCCCUCCCUGACCCGCAGUGAUCUUGAAACCAUCCAUCGGCUACCCGCUAAGCCAGGAAAGACUCGUGGCAUUGUUGUGCGCUUCAUGAAUCAGGAAACAAGGGACAACUGGCUCUCAAAGCGGCGACAGCUAAAAAGCGAAAACAGUAACACAUACAUUUGUGAGAACAUGACUCGACAGGCGCGAAAACUGCUCACUAUGACCAAAGAAUGGGCUAGGAAAACGGGUUUUGCAUUCAUGUGGCAUGCCAACGGUAAGGUGCUAGUGAGGCGAGCGAAUGGCGAAAGAGCAGUGGUCAUUCGGGGAAGCGAGGACAUGAUAUGUUUAUCAUGA